UUAAAAACAAAAUAGGAUUCGUACCCGAAUAUGAGCAUCUGGUGACUAGCACUAGGACUGCGAUACACACAAAAGCUCGGGCGGUGGAUAACAAUGGCACCGAUUGAGAUUGAUGUCUUCCGCUUUGGAAGCGACGAUGAGGUCACAGAACUCCCUGAAUCGCAGUUGAACAUUGAGUUUAUCAAGCAGAGAGUUGAAGAUUUUCUCGAAAUUCAUCAUGUUCCCUCCCGUGGACUAGAUUUGACAUCUGAAGGGCUUAUUUUUGAUGCUAUUCAUUUUUUGAUGAAAAUUGAAAACGAGUUGUAUGUGAUGUUUCGUCGCCACUUUUCGGGGCCUGAAUCCGUUGUCAAAAAAACUGUAACGGAUUGGAUUAAUGAGGAGCAUCAUGAUGAGUCAUUUGAUCACGUGCUUGAACUUGUUUCACUGAGGAAGAGGCUUGUGGACUUGGUUGAUGGUUGGGUGGUUUACAGUGCACCCAACCUCUCUGCCCUAGUUGGAACAUUGGUUGCGGGAAAGAUUAUGGUCACGGCUGGUGGAUUAGGAUUCUUAGCAAAGAUGCCUUCUUGUAACAUCCAACUCCUCGGAUUCCAAAACAUUUUUCUAGAUGGACUACCCGCUAAAUUUACCCUAGGCUAUCUUCAGGAGUCUGAAAUUUUGCAAACCUUUCCAUCAGCGGUAACCAGGGGUGCUGCUCUUGUGCUUGCUGCCAACUGUCGUACUGCUGCGCGAUUUGAUUUUAUGGAAACAGAUCCAUCUGGAAGUACAGGAAAACAUUUGCGAGAAGUUGUUCUCAACAAGCUUAGAAGAUAUGAAAAGAGGCUCUUACCAGGACUUGGAGAGCUUGACCAGAGUACACCGCCGGGUAAUGUUUGUUUACAACGUUAGGAGCUUUUGCUUCACACGGGGAUGGCCCCUGACUGCUAACGUAACUAGGGCUAGAAUUGAUAAUAUGAUUGCAGAAUCUGGAGAGAAACAGGGUAGAUUUUCCGGAGUAGGUCUGGUGGCAAAGCCCUGGGAGAUUGCAAAAUGGUGAUUGGGAGAUUGCAACUUGAAAGUUGGUGACUGGGUCCUCACAGUAGUUUCUUUUUGUGAAUAUGAGGUGAGAGGAGAUUCCUAGGUUCCAUGAUUUUAACAAGGCAGGUGAAACUUGUGGCAGAAAAAAUGUAAACUAGCACACUUCUGAUUCUUCUGAAUGUGUGUAUACUUCAUUAACCUGUCACUGAGUCAUAAUGUAUGACCUUGGCACCUUGCCCUAAAUCAGAAUAUCAGAUCAUGAGACUUCAA